AUGUCAUCUAAAAUUAUACCAUUAUUUUCAGAUGGGAAUUCAUACAUUUAUUUUCAUAAUCAAUUGGAUAGAUUAAUCAUUGUUAAUAGUGAAGGUAUAACAAAAUUAGUUAAUUUAAAUGAUUUAGAUUCACAACCAAUUUCAAUAGAUACAAAAUCUAAUGUAACUUCACUAGCAAUAAAUGGGAAUAAAUUAGCAAUAACGACGUUAGAUGGCUAUGCUGAAUUAAUUGAUUUAGAUAAAAAAGAAUCCGUUGGAGAAUUAUACAGAACAGCAUUACCAUUAAGAGAUUUAAAAUUUAUAAAUCAAGGAAAUAGAAUAUUAUGCGGUGGAGAUGAUAAUCAAUUAACAAUUGUAGAUUUAGCAAAUAAUAAUAACGUUACAAAUUUGGAAAUUCCAGAUCAAUUAUUAAAUAUUUCGUAUGAUCAAGCAGGUGAAUUAUCAGCUAUAAGUUUAUCAAAUGGAUCAGUUGAAAUUUAUUCAGUGUUUAAUGAAAAAUUAAAUCUUUUACAUACCUUAAAUAAUGUUUUGAAUCCUAAAAUUUUUGCAUCUAUGGAUAAAAUUGAUUACGAAGAAAAUGAAGAAGAAUUAUUUACCUCAAAGACUCAAUGGACAAAUGACGGUAAAUAUUUAAUUUUACCAUCAGUAAAUAACGAAAUUCAAGUUUAUGAAAGAGAAAACUGGGAAAAAAUCAAAACCUUUAAAGUAGAUUCCAAAAUAGUUGAUUUUAAUUUAAAUUAUAAAAAGUUAGCAGUAUUAACUAAAAAUGUAUAUAAAGCUUUUAAUUUUGAUACUGGAAAAAUACUUCAUGAAGAUGAUUUUGAUUUAAAAGAAGAAGCAUUACCUUUGAACAUAGAAUGGGAAAAUAAAUCAAGUAUAUUAAUUGGUACUACUUAUGGUGAUGUUUUGAGAUUAAGAAAUGUUAUUAAAGAUGAUACUGAAAGGUCAAGUGCAGUAAAUAAUUUAUUUUUAGAUGAUGCAGAAGAGAGUGAUUUAGAAGAAAAUGACAAUGAGAAACACGAUGAUGUUAAUGACAGAGAAGAAGUAGAUCAAUUGCAUAAAAAGAGAUUAUUUAUUGAUGAUGAAGAUGAUUUUGACAACUCUAUUUUGGAUGAAGAUGAUGAUACACCAAAUGGCUAUUCUAAUGGUCAUUCAAACGGUCAUUUUAAUGGUCAUACUAAUGGAUAUUCAAUUGGUCAUAAAAGACAAAAAUCUACUACUCCACAACCAAGUUUCACUACUACUUCAGCUCCAACAAAAAUAAUACCAUAUUCACCAGGUUCAACUCCAUUUGUAACUUUGGGUGAAUCAUCAGAUAGAAGAUAUUUGACAAUGAAUAAUAUAGGAUAUGCAUGGAUUGUUAUAAAUAAAGAUAAAACCACCAACAACUCAAUAACAGUAUCAUUUUUUGAUAGAUCAAUAAAUAAUGAAUAUCAUUUCACUGAUCUUCAAAACUUUGACUUAGCUUCAAUGAAUCAUAAAUGUAUAAUAUUAUCAGAAAGUUCAAAAGGUAUAAUCUUUUACAAAUCCCAUAAUAAUAUAAAUGAUAAUGGACUAGAAUCAUGGGAGAAGAAAAUUCCCUUGUUAGAAAAAGAAUAUAUAACAAGUAUUGCUAUAACAAAUUCAAAAUCAAAUAAUAAUACUAUAAUAGUUGGAACUAAUUUUGGAUACUUGAGGUUUUUCAAUCAAUUUGGGUUAUGUCUUAAUAUCAUAAAAACAAAUCCAGUGGUGACAAUUGCAGCAUCAUCAAAUAAUACAAUUUUUGUAAUAAAUCAACUAACAAAUAAUGUAUAUUCAUAUUCAAUUAUUGAUAUAAUGCAAGAUUAUAAAUACAUACAACAGAAUUCAGUAAUACCAUUAAAAGAAAUCACAAAAGGAUCAACAUUAAAUUUAAUAAAAGGUAUUUUUUUCAAUGAAUUUAAUGAUCCAUGUGUAGUUUCAGGAUCUGAUGAUACAUUGUUGAUAUUACAAUCUUGGAGAGAAACUGGUAAUGCAAAAUGGAUCCCAAUUUUAAAUUGUUUUAAAAAAAUUACAGAAUAUGGGACUAAUGAAAAUAAAAAGAAUUGGUCAUGUUGGCCAUUAGGUUUAAUCAAUGAUAAUUUGAAUUGUUUAAUAUUGAAAAAUAAUAAUAAAUUCCCAGGAUUUCCCUUACCACUACCUAUUGAAAUUGAAAUUGAAAUACCAAUUAAAAUUGGUAACGAAGAAAAUGAUGAACAAGAAGAAGAAGAAUUAUUUGUAAGAUCUUUAACAAUGGGUAAAAUUCUUAAUGAUACAUUAAUAAAUUUUGAAGAAGAAGAACCACAAGAUCAAGAAUCAGAUGAAAUAAUGUCCAAAUUACAAAAUUAUAGUAUGAUUUUUGAUAAAUCACUUUUAAAAUUAUUUGGAGAAAGUUGUAAACAUUCAAAUUUAAAUAAAGCUUUUAGUAUUGUUAAAUUAAUUAAAACUGAUAAAGCACUUUCUGCAGCUUUAAAAAUUAGUGAAAGAAUGGAAUUUUUAAAUUUAGCUUCCAAAAUUGGUCAAUUAAGGGAACAAUUAUUAAUUGAUUUAAAUGAUAAUGAUAGCGAUUGA